CCCACUUUGAGUUUGAGACUAAUAAUGCUUGGAGACGGCUUGAAUGGGAAGAAAACACUGGCCCAGGAAAUAGGCAAAAUAAGAAUGUUCAGUAUGGUGAAAUGUAUAUUUUAGAAGACAAAACUAAAAACAGCAAGUACUUUCAAACAUCUGAAAAGUUUAUGAAAGAUACUGCCUUUGAAUCUAAAAGCAAACAAGAAAUCAGUACUGAAGAAAUAAAAGACCAUCUGAAGGAAUGGAUAGGAGAAAAAUUACACAAUCUAAGUAUCAAAGAAAAAGACUUGGAUACCACUUCUGGUAUAACUGAUGAUGCAUACACCAUUCAGAGUGAUCUUAGUUGCAAUUUGAGUGAUAUUUCUUCUACAACAACUGCCACAGAAAAUAACAAGGAAGAAAUUUGUGUCUUGUCAGAAAAUGGACUUGAUGUAGAUGAUAUAAAACUUGUAGAAGGUUUGCUGGAGAUAGAGAGGCUAGACCAACAACUUGCCAUGAAACAGGCAGAAGAACAAAAAUUAAAAGAAAAGAGAUUAAACUUUAAAAAACUGUUUGAAAGUGAACUUGAGCAGCUAAACUUAUUAAAAAGAAAAGAAUCACAAGAAGAAAGGGAAAACACACUGAAGUACAUAGCCUGGGAAAGCGAAAGACCAGAAAAUACCAGAGAAAGAGAAUAUGAUAACAAGCAGGCUGUAUGCAUAAGGCCAAUUUUUCAGACUCAGCUCCCAGAAGAUGAAAGUGAUCAUCAUCAUACAGUUCAUAGUGUUUGUAAGGAAGAAGGAAAAAAAUUAACAAUUGAGGGAGUGAAACUUCAAAAAAACAAUGAACAACAUUUGGAAACCAACUUUAUAAAAAAAAAUGUGGAGCUGGUUAUGGAUGCUUGUGGUAUCUUCUCUUUAACAAUGCAAGAAAAGCAAAGAUUAGAUCAACUAUUGCAAGACCUGAGUACUGAAGAUCUUGAGGGUUAUAAUGAAAGCGAAGAUAUGUUACAGCUAUCAAUGGCUCUAGGAAAGGGAUUUGUUCCCACACAAGAAGAACAAAAUACUCUGGAAUCUAUAGAAAAUAAACUCAAGUUUUUGCUACAGAAUGAUUAUCAUAAAACAGAAGAAAAGUUCAACAAUGCACAGGAUAGGUUGCAGGAGCAAGAUUUACAUCAUAGGAUGAACAAUAUCAACAUUGAACUAGAAAAGCUGAAUAGUACUUCUAAAGAAAAGCUGUGCAAUUCUGAACUUCAAGAUUUAGUGAUGAAAUGUUCUCAAGAACUGGAAAACCUGUCAAUUAAACCUCAGUUAAGCUAUGCUGAAAUCACAGAGUUAAUAAAUGCUGUGAAGUAACUGUACAAAUACAACUGUAUUGAGUAAAUAAGCUUGUAUAAUAUAUUUUUACGGUAUUUAUAUAUUUUUAAAUUAGGAGAUACAUUUUUGGGUAUCUUUUCACUGAAACAUUUAAGUAACUGCUUAUAGUUAUUUAAAUUUUUAAUUUUGUCAUUUUUGUGAUUCAGAUGAGAAUUGUAUAUGAAUUUCAAUGUAUUAUUGACAUGAAAAAAUUUGAAGACCAUUUUUUAAAUAUUGUGCUAGUUUAGUAAAACACAUGGAAAUAAUAUUUUAAUUAUAUAAGCAAAAGACUGACAAAAAUUUCAUUUGAAUUCAUAUAAAGAAUUUUUAAAUGUUUAAUUUUUAAAGAUUCACAAGACAUAAAUUAAUGUAAAAACUGUUGUUAAACUGGGGCAGUGUGGUUAAUUUAAUACUUUGGUCUUGUAAUUAAAAAGUUGCUGGUUUUGAAGCUCCUCUGCACACAAUCAUUGUGUUGUUGAGCAAAGCACUACCCAAACUUUGCUUCAGUCUACCUACCUGAGGGUUAACCUUCAAUGUUCAGGAGGAAUGUGAAAAAUGUUUGUUUUCUUUUGCCAAAAGAAACAGGAAUUGAGCAUUGUCCCUGUGUGCCUUUAACGUGUUCACUGCCACCAGUAGUAUUUUACUAAUAAAUUAAGUAUAAGUAAAAUAAACAUUCAAGAGGUGCCGAGGAGCAGUCACAUUGUCCCAAACUCACGUGCCACAAGAAAUAUUAAGCUUUGAAACAUAAUUUUCUAGGACCCACAGGUAUGUCAUGCAGUCCAUAACCAAAAGUCAGUUGUGACCCACUGGUAGGGCAUUUGGCAGCAAAUGUGUUAAGAUUCAACUAACUUUUAACUUAAUUUCUUGACUUAGCCUACAUAAUUCAAUAAGUAAACAGUGGUUGUGUUAGAAAAGAAUGUGUGCCCUGGAUGCAACGUAAAUCAGUUGGAUGGAAAAAAUACUUGUUCAUUUAUUGAACACGCAAAACUGGGAAAGUUAUGCAAUAGUUCAUUAAGAUGCAUCUUAACCCUUUCAGUACCAUGUGGGUAUCACUAAUAUCCUUUGUUUUCUUUUAACUGUGGAAAUAUUUGACUAAAGUACAUGAAACUUGGAAACAGUUUACUAAAUACUUAAAUAAUCUCUAGUUCUGGCUUAAAGAAAUUCAUAUUUGAUUUAGUUUUACUAUCAUUUUUGUUGUGAAAUGCACAAAUUUUGAUUAUGAGAUGCUAUUUUGAAAAACUAUAAAAAAUACUUCCUUCCAUUGUAUAUUUUUUUUUUCAAUGUUGACAAAACAAAUUCCAUAAUCAUAUUCUCAACUCCCAAAGAAGCUGCUUGAUUGUAGAACACAGUAAACACUUAAUUAUUCUUUUGAUGGAAGGGUUCAGCAUCAAACAUUUCAGCUGUAGAUGUGUGAUCAAAAUCAUUACUACUGUAGACAGGCACUAGUUCCAGCUUUAAAAAUGCAUAAUAACUUCAUUUGAGACACACUGUCUUAGGGCUUUUUAAAGUGCAUAAUAAAAUUGAGAAUAUAAUCCAUUGUGUUAGUGUUAAACUGUUUAACUUUAGCUUUUCAUUUUUGUUGAUUUUUUAUUAAAUGACUUAAAAUAAACUCAAAACAAUGUUA